AUGAUGGACGAGGACGAAGAUGAAGGCAUGGAGAGCUUCUCGAUCAGUGAUCGCGACCUGCACUACGCCAUGAAUCCAGGCUCUUCGCGAGGACUCUCCAAAAAUCAGCAACUUUACGGUAUUUGGGCAGAUCGAGAGGCGAGUGACGAGGAGGACCUGCCUCACGCAGGUUUCGGAUUUGGAGGCGUGAAGAAGCGAGGCAAAAAUUAUUCCUCACCUGUAACAUUCGUCAGUGGUGGUGUGAAGCAUGGCAAUAAGAUCGAAGAAACGCACAAUACUUUCAAGAACAGUAAACCAUGUGUGUAUUUGAGGGCUGCGCACAGCACGGUGGAUCCUCAGAAAUUUGCCGAUUGGGCGAAGUAUUCCAAAUCUGAAGUGAUAAUGAAAAUGAUGCGUAAAAUGGGUUACGUUCCGGGCCAAGGACUGGGGGCGAACAAGCAAGGCAUUGUUGAACCAAUACAAGCAUUCCUUCGGCCUGGAAGAGCAGCCGUCGGUGCGUAUGGAAAAGAAACCAAAGGACCAAAAUUUGGAGAAUCUGCUGCGGAGGCGCAAAAACGAGCAACCGGUGGUGCUGCGGAGGAAGAUGAGGCUGAAGCACCGACAAAGAGAGGAAACUGGAAGAAAACAGGCGCAAAAAAGGAUGUAAAAUAUCAGUAUAAAACUGUUGAUGAAGUGAUUGCCGAGGGAGGCCCGAUCAAACAGCGGUUCGGUGGUGAAAGUACUGGAGUUAAGGUAUGCUUUCUUACACAGCAUCGGCUACAACUUUCCAUUUCCCUUUGUUUUGAGCAGGUCCAUCCCCUUAUUUCCGCCUUGUGA